UUUCGUGUGUUACUGUGUUAGCACUCGGCAGUCAGCGAUAACGCGUCGUAUAUUAUUAUUUGUUAUUAUUUAUUUAUUAUUAUUAUUAUUAUUAUUAUUACUAUUAUAUAAAAACGAUUGAAAAUUAAAAUAAAAAAUCGUAUCGCCCCGCGCACGUCGUGUCGCGACUCGCGGUCAUUCGAUUUAAUAUAAAUACAUAAAAAUUGUGUAAACGUUUUUUUCUUCUCUUCUAUUCCCGUUUCACGGUUUUUCGUCGUCGUCGUCGCUGUCAUCAUCAUCAUCAUUGUCAUCAUCACAAUAUUAUAAUAUAAGAAAACAACGAUAUCGUUGGGUUGUAUGAAAUAUGUCCAUUAAUAUAUCGUUUUAAAAUAUUAUGCCGAAUCGUCGCGUGCCGCAUCUCCGUAACUACUGGUGUAGUGCUACUACGGUUACGGUUGUCGUUGGCCGUCAACGUUCGUUCGCACGGUGGUGAAUCGUUUCGCGGUCCUCAUCGUCGCUGUUUCUCGUGCGUUUGCCGAUACAACAACGAUAGCGGUCCGACACUCCGACCGGCAACGACAGGGCCGACUGACGAUAUCGUGUCGUACGUGCAUGCAGUAAGACACGCCGUCGUCUCGUUACGUGAUGAUGUCGCGUUAUCGCCGGGCGACGUACGAUACCGCCUAAAAAGGGCAUAUGCCCACCGCCGUCGUAACGGCGCGCUUUACGUCGGUCAGCAGCCGUGCUUAGUGGUGUCCGUCAGCCACAGCGGCCGCGACCACGGCCACGGGCGUUUGUUAGUGUCCGUCCAGCACACUCGGUGACCGUCACUUCGAUUAUAGUCUAGCCAAUUGUUGACAGUACACCCAGCCCCCUCCCUCAACCGUACUUUUGAUCGACUACCAUUGUGACACGAUGCGUUUGCAUGGACGGUGUUCCUGAAAACCCGGCAACGCGUUGCUGGCUACCGAUUGAGAUAUGGAUGGCAGCAAUGGAGCCAAGCAAGCGGAUAGUUGGCACAAGCAUGAGCCGUUCAUGAUGGUCGAAAAGCAGAAAAAUAAAAAUCAUGGCCAAGGAUCUCAAGACAGUAACUUUGGUUUUGGCGGUGGUCCCUUGUAUGGAAGACUUGUUGCUGAAGACCAAUUACCAAUGGUUGGCGGUGUUGCUCCAGUGCAUGCUGAUAUCCAUGCGAUGCAAGCAAGAAUACCGCCUCAUUUUCGAGACCCAUCAUCAGCUCCACUGAGAAAGCUUUCAGUGGAUUUAAUCAAAACUUAUAAGUUUAUUAAUGAGGUCUACUAUGCUAAGAAAAAGAAAAGAGCUGGUGGUGGAGCAGUUGGAUUGAGUAGUCAACCUCAAAAUAAUGGGGCCCCCGUUGAGGGGCCUGUAGCUAAUAAAAAAGAAAGAAGAGUGUAUAAUGAUGGUCACGAUGAUGACAACCAUGAUUAUAUAAUUAGAAGUGGUGAAAAGUUUUUGGAUCGCUAUGAAAUCAUAUCCUUGCUAGGCAAAGGGUCAUUUGGACAAGUUGUUAAGGCUCGUGAUGAGGAAGAAGAUUGUUAUGUAGCAAUUAAAAUAAUAAAGAACAAAAAACCAUUCCUAAAUCAAGCUCAAAUUGAAGUAAGACUAUUAGAAAUGAUGAAUAGAGCUGAUGUUGACAACAAAUACUAUAUUGUUAAACUCAAGCGUCAUUUCAUGUGGCGUAAUCAUCUGUGCCUGGUGUUUGAGUUAUUAUCUUAUAACUUGUAUGAUUUGAUUAGGAACACUAAUUUUAAAGGUGUUUCUUUAAAUCUUACACGUAAAUUUGCUGCUCAACUGUGCACGGCUCUGUUGUUCCUGUCCACACCGGACCUGUCCAUCAUACAUUGUGAUCUAAAACCAGAAAACAUAUUGUUGUGCAAUCCUAAAAGAUCAGCUAUUAAAAUAGUAGAUUUUGGCUCAUCUUGCCAGCUCGGCCAAAGAAUAUAUCAAUAUAUUCAAUCUCGUUUUUACCGUUCACCAGAAGUUUUACUUGGUAUACCAUAUGAUUUAGCUAUUGACAUGUGGAGUUUAGGAUGCAUAUUAGUAGAAAUGCAUACUGGUGAACCAUUAUUUAGUGGAACAAAUGAAGUGGAUCAGAUGAAUAAAAUUAUAGAAGUUCUUGGAAUGCCACCCAAACAUAUACUUGAUCAGGCACAGAAAGCUCACAAAUAUUUUGAUAAAUUGCCUGGUGUUGAUUCAUACACUUUAAAAAAACCUAAAGAUGCCAAAAAGUAUAGAAAUCCAGGUGGUCGACGAUUACAUGAUAUAUUAGGUGUCGAAACAGGAGGUCCUUAUGCUAGGCGUUUAGGUGAACCUGGACAUUCAGUGUCUGACUACCUUAAAUUUAAAGAUCUUAUAGUACGAAUGCUGGAUUAUGAUCCAAAAACUCGAAUUACACCAUAUUAUGCUUUGCAACACAACUUCUUCAAGCGAACUUCUGAAGAGGGUACUAAUACAGCUAGUGGUAUCGCUCAAGCUGGACUACACAGCUUAGGUGCUAGUCCACCAUUUAAUAGUUUACCUAGUAAUAAUCUAGGGGACACUAAUGUGCAAUCAUCUGCAAUAAGAUUGCGAUCAGACCAGUGCCGAGGUAGAACUACAAUGGAUUGUGACCCUCCACCGAUCGCUUCUAUGUAUCACGGUUACCAAACGGCACCAAUGGCUAGACACCAUCUGCCUCAUCAUGCUACAGUUUACCCAAUGAACCCAGCAUCUGCUGUCGGUGCUUUGGUUCACUGUCGACCCACCUCUUUGCCGUUCCUACAUCCACAACAUCACCCGUAUCAACCAAUACAAUCGCAACCUCCACGCUCAUUGCAUUCAUUGCAUAAUCACCCACCACCACCACCAGUACAACAACCUGUUGCACGAGUACCAACUUCCCAUUCCAAUCGAACUAAACAAGAACAAGAUGACAUGAUUGGGGUAUGUAUAGGUCAAAGUCCUGUAGCAAUAAACAUAACAUGAUCAAAUCGUAUAAAAUGUUGAAGGGAUGAUUUAUACUUGUUUUCAAUGUAAAAAUCGAAUAACUGUGAUUAAUUUAAUGGGAAAGAGUAUAAUUAUUAAAUUCAGGUGAUAGUAGGUAUCUGUGCUGAGUAGUGUCAGAAAUUCAAUUUUAUUGUUUCCAUUGACAUUGUUUUUGUUUUGUUUUUUUUUCUAAACAAAAUCCUUAUAGAAUUUAACUAUAACUUUAUUUCAACAGAUUUAUUAGAUUAAAUUAAAACAAAAUAAAGUGACAAAUAUUUUUUAUCUGAUACAAUAAUGUAUAAUUAGUUAAUUACGUAUUUUUAUAAACUUACCAAUCGCCAUUUUUAUCUUCAUGUGUACGCGGAUGACCUUUAAAACUACCUCAAUUCAUUUUGUUAUUCUAAAUACUAAUACAGACAAAUAAAUUUUGAAAUUAUGUCUUAAUAUUUACUUACAAUUGAUUUAAACCCUAUUUUAAAGUGAUAUAGUACCCUAACGCAUAUACAGUAUUUGUAUAAUAAAUUAUCCUAAAAAAUCUAAAUAUAAAUUAUUUCAUUUAUUUAUUAUUAUUUUUUUUAAAUUAAUUUAUUAUAUCAAUUUGGUUAUUGAAAUUAAUUUUUAUUACACCCUUAUCGGACAAAAUCAAAUUCAAGUUUAAAAUAAUCACACGGUGCAUCAUACAUUAAUACACAAUACAAUAUUAUAAUUGAUAAGAAAUACAUCUUUAAUGGAAAUAAGUAUUUUUCUUAAAUUCUAACUGCAGAGGAAACAUUCUGUAUUAAUGUUUUGGUGCUUUUGCUGUGAACUCUAUCGGCGGGGCUCAUCAUUUUUUUCUCUCUAAACCAUUGCAAUUUAAAAUUAUGCAACGACAAUAUACACACACAACGAGAGAAUUCGUCUGUACAAUUAAAGUCACAACGACGUAUGUCAACAGUUUAUGUUCGACUAACGUUUAACAACUGAUGCGCAUCGAUUUCGUCUAUAUUAUUAUUGUCUUAGACUUUCGAAAA